AUGAAUACCACAACUGGCUUUGUUAAUCUAAUGUAUAGUCAAUCUUCAGUUGAUCUUGAGUCACCCGAACCAGCUUGGUUCGGGUCCCAAGGUCCUGAUGAGUUUGUUUUCCACCUUGGUGUCGAGUCUUCUUUCCAACCUGGUGUCCAGUCUGCUGUCCAGCCUACUGUCGAGUCUGCUAACAAAGAGAGGAGGAAAUGGUCUCCUAAUGAGGAUAAAAUCCUCAUUGGUGCUUGGCUUAACACCAGCAAAGACCCCAUUGUCAGCUGUGACCAGAAAGCUGAACGUUUCUGGAAGAGAAUUGUUGACUACUACAACGCAAGCCCUCAACUGGUUGGGACAGUACCUAGAGAGCUUGGUCCAGCGAAGCAGCGGUGGGCUAGGAUUAACGAGCAGGUCUGUAAGUUCGUUGGAUGCUAUGAGGCGGCGUUGAGGGGGCAAAGAAGUGGUCAGAAUGAAGACGAUGUGAUGAAAGCUGCCCUCGACUCAUUCUUCAACAUUUACGAGCACAAGUUCAGCCUCGAACAUGCGUGGAGGGAGCUGAGGCAUGACCAGAAAUGGUGCACCACCUAUAUGGUUAAAGAUGGUGGGAAGGAGAAGCGCAAACAAGUGGUGGACGUUGAUACAGAAGAUGAUGUUGCCGAACCUGAAAGCAGACCAGUUGGUGUGAAAGCUGCUAAAGCAGCUGGUAAGAGGAAGAAGAGUGGCAAGGAAGAAGAGAUGUCACAGCUUCAAUCCAUCAUGGAAAUGAAAGAAAAGCUCUCUAAACAAAAGAUUCUAGAACGUUUACUUGCCAAAAAAGAUCCUCUCUCCGAGAUGGAAGAAUCUCUUAAAGUGAAACUCAUGACUGAGAUGUUAUGA